UUUUCACACAGCGUCAGUCAACCGGGAAGACACACACACACGUACACAGGCACUGCUCUGCUCCACCAAGAUGAGAACGACAAGAGUUUUCACAGCAAGAACUUCCAUGGUGACGGGAGUUCUUCUUGUGGUCUUUUAUCUUUGUUUUAUUCAAGAUUUCUCUUGGAAACGUGUGCUCAGACAAGUCAAGGUGGAGAAAUAUGGAAGUCCAACAAAGCCACCAAACAGAAGUUCUCCUGAUAAUUUAAACUGGUCAAAGUGUCAAAAAAACAUGUCCGCUGCCAAUGUGACAAACUUCAACUUACUUCCUGGUAAUAUACAGGACUUCCUGUACUACUGCCACUGUCGACAUUUUCCGAUGCUCCUGGACAUUCCGGAUAAAUGUGGAGGGGCAAAUGGAUCUGCAGAUGUCUUCCUCCUUCUAGUCAUUAAAAGUUCUCCAGGGAACUAUGACCGCAGAGAGGUGCUGCGCAACACCUGGGCCAGGGAGAGAUUGCAUAAUGGUGUGUGGAUCCGAAGGCUCUUCAUCUCAGGAACAACGUCGUCCGGCUUUGAGAAGAAGAGACUGAACAAACUCCUUGAACUGGAGCAACGUGAGAACAAUGACAUUCUCCAGUGGGACUUCAGUGACACAUUUUACAACCUCACCUUGAAACAAAUACUCUUCCUCGAAUGGAUGGACAGAAACUGUCCACAUGUACACUUCCUGUUCAACGGCGAUGACGAUGUCUUCGUCAACACAGACAACAUGGUUGAGUAUCUCCAAAACCUUAAGGACAACAAUGGAAGCAAGCAUCUCUUUACUGGCCAUCUGAUCCAGUAUGUGGGGCCCAUUAGGAUUCCAGCGAGUAAAUAUUUCAUUCCAGUACAGGUACAUGAGUCAGACUCAUACCCUCCUUACUGUGGUGGCGGGGGCUUCAUUUUGUCCGGCUACACAGCUUUCAUCAUAUACAACAUGUCGCACCACAUCCCCUUUCUUCCUAUUGAUGAUGUUUACAUGGGAAUGUGCUUGGCCAAGGCAGGACUUCGUCCUGAACACCAUCUUGGAGUAAGGACAGCAGGACUUCACAUUCCUGGCAGCAACAUUGAUUAUUAUGAUCCUUGUUACUUUAAAGACAUGCUUCUUGUGCAUCGAUUCCUCCCAGCCAAUAUGUAUUUUAUGUGGCACAGAUUACAGGACCCUGAUCUGAACUGCUCUGACAUUAUCAAAUCAUAAGUUACAGGUAUUAAAAUCAGAUAUUUAAAAAAAAAUAGAUUACUGUGAUUGUGCAAAUGCGACCACGUCUCUACGAAGGCUAAAGGUAAAACAGGGGGGGCCCAGAGAGUUGGUGAAAUGUGUUUGCAACAUUCUUGCACUCUUAAAAAAACGGGUAAUAUUUGUUUUUAAUAAAGAUCAUACACUACAGUUGAAUUUUAAUACAUGUAGGGCUCUGUAAUUCUUUUGGUUUUUUUUCUGUUUGUUUUUUUGUUUUGACUUUAAAGGCAAAAACAUCAAGGAGGACAUAGAAAUAAAUCAUAUUGUCAAAAAACAACGAAUGUGGAGGGAAAAUCACUAUAUAUAUAUAUAUGUGUGUGUGUGUGUGUGUGUGUGUGUGUGUGUGUGUAAUUUCCAAAAUUUAUAUAUAUUCUAUGUAUAUUUGUGUUGUUAUUUUCUUUAAUCUAUUUUGGAAUUUGACAUUGUAGGAUAUUUUGUUAUGUAUUUCAUAAUUAAUGUUUGGCUAAUAUAUUCUAUAUUAAAUUUGCAUGAUAUUUUGUAUUAUAUUUAAUUAAUAAUUUGGUUCUCUCUGUCCAGUUGAGUAAAAUGAGUGUUUUGUAGUGGUUAAAUAUAUUAAAAUAAAAGUUUGGUGGUG